CUCCCUCCCUUCCUCUCACUCUCUCGCUCGUCCUACAUGAGCUACACACAACAGUGAGCCUGACUCUAACUCCACACUAGCCACACUGAUACACAGACCCAAGAAACACACUGCUCUCCUCUGUUGCGCUGCUUCUACUUCUCUCCAUUGGACCAUUGGAUAUUCCUCCCUGGGUGUUUUUUUUUUUUUUGAAUGGACAUCCGUGGCUGGUGUGAGGAGCUUGUGAAUGGACUGACUGACUGACUGACAGACUAGACAGAGAGAGAGGCAGCGGUGUUUCAAUUAAAGAGGGCAAUGCUGAGAGGUCAAGCGAGGAGCAACAGAGCCUCUUGGUAGUCUGGAAAUAUAAAGACACGUUAGGGGAAUCGAGAAACUGAAGACAGCCGCCAUCAAGACAGUGAGGAGAAUGGUUCAACACAGAGAAGAGGACCUGAUCGGGAUCCCUUUCCCAAAUCACAGCAGCGAUGUCCUAUGCAGCCUCAAUGAGCAGCGUCGUGAUGGCCUGCUCUGCGAUGUCAUCCUCAUUGUGCGUGACCAGGAGUACCGCACCCACCGCUCCAUUCUGGCCGCCUGUAGCCAAUACUUUAAGAAGCUCUUCACAGUGGCCACCGCUGACGGCGGAGAUCACCAUCACACGGCGGCCAUUUAUGAAAUCGACUUUGUAGCUCCAGAGUCUCUAACAGCCAUCCUGGAGUUUGCCUACACUUCCACACUGACGGUCACUGCGUCCAAUGUUAAAGAAAUCUUGAACGCAGCUCAGAUGCUGGAGAUUCCCUGCAUCAUUAAUGUUUGCCUGGAGAUCAUGGACAGUGGCGGUGGAGAUGGCAGAGGAGGAGGAGGGAGAGAGGAGGAGGGAGAAGAGGAUGAAGAAGAAGAGGAGGAUGCAGAGGAAGAAGAGGAGGAGGAAGAAGAAGAAGAGGAUGAAGAGGAGGAUGUGGGGUCAAGGAAGGACGAGCAGGAAGAAGAGGAGGACAACAUAAGCGAGAGGUCACUGCAGUCGUCGGAGAGCAGGGGGGAGCGGACACCUCCAGGGACAGAGAAUUCCCCGCCUCCUAGCACCUCCACAUACCACCAGCAGUUUGACCAGCACAGAGAGUCAUCCCAGUCACACUCGCCAGACAACAUGAGAGGGAAACAGGAGAGCAUGGAGAGUCGGGCUCUCAAGGAUUUCUCCAUCGAGUCUCUUCUCCAGGAAGGGCUGUACCCCCGUAUGUCAUCACUGGACAGGAGGGCUAACUUCUCUCCUUUCCUCCCAGGCAUAUACCCCACCAUGUGGGCUCCUGAGUUCCCAGGCUUCCCGCAGCAGCUCCUAGACCCUGGCCACCAUCAGCAUCCUCAUGCAGGAGUCUCACCACAAGCCAGGCACCCCCACACCUUCCCCACCUCUGCUCCACUUGAGGCUUCAAGGCCCCUCAAUCUAGCUGUGAAAAGAGAGAUCAUAAAGGAAGAGAUGAAAGAGGAAGUCCCAUCCAGUCUGCUCCAGGGAGACUUCCUCAAGGAGUUUGUCAGCUCAGGUCUGGGCAGCACCAUGAACACUGGGUCAGUGGCGUCAGAAGGUCACGCUCUGGGUCCCAUUAAGGAUGAAGCCGACUUCCGGUCAUACCUUAGCUUCCUGAGCUCUGCCUCCCACCUGGGGGCACUGUUCCCUCCUUGGCAGCUGGAGGAGGAGAGGAAGAUGAAGCCCAAAGCUUCGCAGCAGUGUCCUAUCUGCAACAAGGUCAUCCAGGGAGCUGGGAAACUGCCACGACAUAUGAGGACACAUACAGGAGAGAAACCCUACAUGUGCACUAUCUGUGAAGUACGAUUUACCAGACAAGACAAACUCAAGAUCCACAUGAGGAAGCACACGGGUGAGCGCCCCUACAUCUGUCUCCAUUGCAACUCCAAGUUUGUCCACAACUACGAUCUGAAGAACCACCUGCGUAUCCACACGGGUGUCCGUCCGUACCAGUGUGAGCACUGCUACAAAAGUUUCACACGGUCUGACCACCUACAUCGACACAUCAAAAGGCAAAGCUGCCGGAUCUCCCGUCCCAGACGAGGACGAAAGCCGGCUGCAUGGCGGUCCACACACACUACCAACUUCCUGUGCCCUCCCGCUGCUGCCACUAACCAGUUUGAGGAGAAUGGGUUAAGUCCUGCAUACCAGGGAGUCAAGAGUCAAGGACUAGGUGAGAUGCUCGGCCUUGGCAACAGGGCUCUGGGAUUUAAGAGUGUGGACGGUGCAGGAAGGGAGGAACGGCGAGUAGAGGGAAAGCAUGUUGCAGAGGAGGAGAAAGCAAGAGCAGGGAGGCAGAGGGGAGUGUUUGCCUUCACCCUGGCUGGAGAAGAUGUGCUCACCCACUCUCCAUUUUAUGCUGCAACCUCUGACCCCUGGACCAUGAGACUGGAGCGUGCUCCACCCAUCCCUGAGCCGGCCAAAUGAACUCUGGUCUGCAGUAGAAGAAAAAGAAAGAAAAUCUCUUUAAUUCAUGCAUCUGUUCUGCUCCAGGAAGCUAAAGCACCCUUUAAAAAGUGAAAGAGUGAGAUCAGUGAACCUUUCAAAGCCUACCGAUUUGGUCAGUGUUAAAAGAGAUUGUCUUUUUCUUUAAAAAUACAGUCCAAUUAAAUAAUUUCACCGCUGUCACGCUAAAAAAUUGUUUCAACCCUGUGAAUGUUUACAAAUUCUUUGAUAGCAUUUAUUAAAAAGGCAGAAGUUUAUUACUGCUGAGGAAAACAUAUCAGAAUGCUGGAAUAUAUACUAUUUGCAUUAUUUAUCUACAAGUUUGUCUAUAAUACUAUUGAUUGAAAAAGUACAACAUUUUAUAAAGUUCUCAGAUGAGAUAAAAUGAGACUGGUGUACUGGAAAGUAUUCCUCUAAAAUGUAAUUCUACGACCUAUUUAAUAAUUCAAAUUUGGAAUUAGUGACUAUGAUGAAUGUAAAAUGAAUAAUUACACAUACAACAAUAAUAAAACAAUUUACUAAACAAAAAUAGUUCAGUCUCAUAAUGAGAAGGAAGCCGAGUCGACAGAAUUGACCUAAAAAAAAAACAAUUAAAAUAAAUAAACCAGCCUCCGUCCAAACAAUUCACAGUCAGUUUUAUUUUGGACAGUUGUGUUUAGGGACCAGUUAAAAUGGUGUGAUUACAACUGGCUGUGGUCUAGCACAUGUCCUGCAAGGACGCUUCACUUCAACAUGGUUAUUUAAUGAUAUUUCAAAACUAAAAGGAACCCACUUGAAGUCUAAUAAAUCAGGAUAUGUGAUGAUGUGUUAUCCUUCCACUGCCUUGUUCUGAUUUAAGCUCCUUACCUGCACUAUUGUACAUAGACUCAAAUGUUUGGCCAUGGUGGUGUUAAUUAUGGUUGCAUGGCUGCUGAUGUACAAAAAAAAAAAGCUCUUAAAAGACUUUGAGGCAUCCAUCCAAAGAUGUGUACUUUGAUAUUUCACAGACUUGAAUAAGACUUUGUUUUAAUGUUUAUGAAUACGUGUCUUCAUAGGAUGUGUAUUUCUGAUUAAUCAAACUGCCGCUUUAGCUCUACAGUAUGCUUGUGUAUUUUCUGCUGCAACAAAUCAAGAGGGUCUGCCUCAUUUUUCAUAAAAUGUUCACAUUUGAUUUGUGUAUAAAGAAGUUCAAACAUUAUUUGAAUUGAAAUGGGAAAGUAUUUUAUUGCUAUUUAUGCAUAUUUAAAUGAAUGAGCCUUGGCUAUAUUUUGCAAAU